AUGAGCGCCUGCCGCUGCCCCCGCGGGCCCCGCGCCCGGAGGCCGCCGGCGCUGCUGCUGCCGCUGGCCGCCGCCUGCGCCCUGUCCCUGGCCUCCCUGCUCGGCCUGCUGGCUCCGCCCCCGCCGCCCCCCGACGUCAUCUACAUCACCCUGCGCGCACAGCGCCGCCGUCCGGCCGACCUGCGCGCCUCCGUCAAGCCCAAGCUCCGGCCCAAGCCGUUGGUGGCGGCGGGCGGCGGCGGCGGCGGCGGCGCCCCCCGGAGGCCGUGGCGGGAACGGCGAGGGCGGGAGAGCGGCAUCCGCCUCUACAGCCGGAGCGCCCCCUCGUGGCUGAGCGGCGACGACAUGGCGGGGCUGCGCCUGCUGGCCGACGCGGCGGUGGGGCGGACGCGGGCGUGGGGCGGGGCGGGGCCCGGGGGAGCCGGGGGAGCCGGGCGGGCCGGGACGGUCCUGGCCGAGCUGGGCGCGGGGUCGGGGCCCGGACCCACGCCCUGCCGCCCCGCGCGGGGCCCCUGCGCCCUCUUCAAGCGGCCCCUCGACGCCAGCGAGGUCUUCGCCUUCCACCUCGACCGCAUCCUGGGGCUCAACAGGACCCUGCCGUCCGUCAGCAGGAAGGCGCCCUUCGCCCCAGAUGGACACCCGUGUCCUGUCGUUCUCUGGGACCCCUCAUUAUCUCCAACCAAUAAUGGGACUCACUCUUCCAUCCAUCUCACCUGGGGCGCUUAUCAGCAGUUGCUGAAGCAGAAAUGUUGGAAAAACGGCAAAGUUCCCAAAGCCGAAUGGGGCUGUACAGAAAUACAUCACGACGAAUGGUCCAAGAUGGCCCUCUUUGAUUUUCUACUACAGGUCUAUGGUCGAUUAGAUAGCCACUGCUGUGGAUUCAAACCUCGCAAGGAGGAUACAUGUGUUCAGGAAGGACUGAAGCUGAAAUGCGAUGCCGAAAACUCCGUGCCACUGAUGCACAUCAUUCACAGAAAGAAUGACCGGAGGCAUUUGGUUUUUACGAACAAUAAGGGCUUCUUUGAUAGAAGCGAAGAUAAUUUAAAUUUCAAGUUAUUGGAAGGGAUCAAAGAGUUUCCUGAAUCUGCAGUUUCUGUUCUGAAGAGUCAGCACUUAAGAGAGAAACUCCUUCAGUCGUUGUUUCUUGACAGAGUUUACUGGGAAAGCCAAGGAGGUCGACAAGGAAUUGAAAAACUUAUUGAUGUGAUAGAACAGAGGGCCAAAAUUCUUCUUACUUACAUUAAUGCACAUGGAGCCAAAGUAUUACCAAUGAAUGAAUGAGAGCUUUAGCAUUUAAUGAAGUAUUAAUUUUAUUCAUAUAUUUUAGACAGGAUCAUGUACUAUUAAUCAGACUGUUGUAGGAAUAUUCUUAAAAACAUUCUGUCACCACUGAAAACAUCUGACUUUUCUCUGAGAUAGCCUCCAUGCAUUUUUUAUUAUCAUUACCGAUAGAAUGGGGAUAUCUAUGGUCAGAACUUCAACACUGGCAAAAUGAGGCUUACAUUUUGCAAAAUCUCCAGGGAACAUAAUGCAUCUCUAUAGUUUUGAUGGGUUAUUUGCACAAAAGUCACCACAAUCUCUAUUGUCAAUAUAAAUUUUUCACUGUGUCUUUGACAAGGCUCUAGGUUUUCAGGAAAUACCUUUCAUUGUUAGUCUAUAAACGGCAUUAAUUUGACAGUAAUUCAUAUUCUACAACACUCCCUCCAUGGAGAUUGAAAUUCUGUCCAGUUAAUUUUGGUGCAGAGCAGUUUCAAGCUAAAAAUCACAGAAUAUAGGAAGAAACAAUACACUAAACUUGAUUUCCUUUCAGAAGUUAGAAAUUAUGACAAACAUCAUUUUUAUGAGGGAGAUUAAAUAUUUCAUUAUUAUAACAUAAUUUCUUCAAAUGUGUUCUUGGUGCUUAGAAAUAAUAUGACCUAGGUUUGAAAGGAAUAAUCACACCUGAACAACCUCAGGAUCACUUUCCAUGUUUAGUUAAAGCUGAUUUUGAUUCUGUGGUAUUUUCACCUUGGGACCACUGAUUGGGGAAAACUCAUGAAAGGCAACUUUAACUAAACCUAAAACAAGCAUAGGAAGCGAUGUCAUUCUCUCCUCACAUCAAUUCCCCAUUACUUGGGAACAGUGGAGUUUAGUUGCUACACCCAGCUCAUUAUCUUGGGCUUCAUUGUGUAAUUGAAAACUCCAAAGGGUAUUUUGGGUAAAAUAGCUAUUUCUAUCAAUAUUCCAAACUCUGUGCUCCAACCCCAGGCUAAUCUUUUAAAUUUCACUUCUCAAAUUAAAAGUCUCAGUUUAGUUAAAAAAUGUUCAUUGAGGUGACUUCCAUCUCCUCCCAUUGCUUUCCCUUUUUGUUAAAGUAUAUAACAUUUGUAACUUUGGGUGGAGAAUAUUUAAUAACCAGAUAAUUGCAUUAGAAAACAUUAGAAAAUUAGGAAAAUUAUUAUUUUAAGAUUUUGAUUUUAAUUUCAAAUAUAGUAUCCAACAAAAUGCAGUAAGUGCAAGGUCACUUUAACUUCACAUUCAUGACAUUAUAUAGAACUCACCUUCCUACUUGGUGUCUGGUAAAUGUAGUCAUAUUUGUUUCCUAUUACAGUUGAGCAUUUAAAAUUAAAUAUAAAUUUGAAGAUUUCCUGUGUACUUCAGCCCAGUUGGUUCUAUUACUGCUCUUUAAUUAGCGUAGCUUGUUUAUGAAUAAUGAAUUGCCAGUGGCCAAGCCCUUGAUCUUAGAAACUAAUGCUCAUUUUUUUCCUUCAUAAAAGCAAAAAAAUGUAUUAAUAAUGAGAAAACUGUAUGAAUUUCAAUACACUUAGAUCUGCCUGACUUCCCAACUGCACAAUCCAUGGUUUAUUUAUAAAUUCAUGCAUCUGAACAGAAUAUAUUACCUCAACAGACACGGGAAGAUUUGUUCCUAAGACAUUCUACUUCCUUUAGACUUUUACAUUGCAAAAGACUAACAACCUCAACAAAAUCUAGAAUAAAAUAGACUUGUUAUUAAAAACAAGUGUUGUUUAUUCUAUGAAAGAAUUCAUACCUUCAAAUUUCUAGGUCAGUGCUUUCUACCAUUAGUGUGGCUGUAUGCAAAGAUGCUUAUUUUUGAACAGUGUGGAGGGAUGCUUACUAUAUUUUAUUCACAAAAAAUCGUUAUUGGCCAUCCAAAUAUUGGUAUAAGGAUAUACUUUUAUAUAAAUCAAUCCUUCAUUAUGCAACCACUUUUUACAAAGGGAAUGGGAAAGUUACGUAGAAUAAAUGUGCUAGAGCUUUUAAAGCAUGCUAAGUAUUUAAUGGCGGUUAUUUAAAAGGAAAUCAAAAGUGGAAGGAGCUGUCAUAAUUACAAGCUUGAUUUUCCCAUCAGUUAAUAUUUACUGAGUAUUUGGUGCUAAAGGAAAAAUAAGUUGUGGAAGCUACUUGCCGUCUACAGUAGGGUUUGCAUUUAACUAUUGCACUUUAAAAAUAUGUUGGGGGCUAUUAUGAGAUGGAUGCAUCUAAUUAAUACCUUCAAUCUGGUACUGUUUCUACUCUAUUCAGUGACCUAUUAGGUGUAUUGAAAUGCAGCAAGUCAUGACAGUAUCAGAGUAAAUUCAUGUUUGAAAUAGUCCAUGAGGCAUGAGGCAAAGUGAGAUAUGAAUUUAUGGUCAGAAAGUUCUUAGUUUGGUAUCAAGCUACAAGUGUAAGCUCAAAGAAAGCUAGGAUUUUUAGACUAUGGAAAUCAUUAACUCCAGAAUGUGGUUUUAGGCUCCAUUAGAUUGACCAAUUUGACUGGGACCUAAGGAGUUGAUUUUUCUGGCUUCAACCAAUCAAUCAAUCAAUCAAUCAUAUUUAUUGAGUGCUUAUUAUAUGUGUGCAGAGCACUGUAGUAAGUGCUUAUAAUGCAGGGAUUGGGCUUGACUUCUGGAAGCUGAUGGCUUGCAUUCUAGACGUGCCAUAGGAGAGCAAGCAGUCCCCAAAUGUAUAGGGUUCCUCCAAAGUUUUAUGGGUCCCAAGAAGUCCAAAAGAAACCAUUCCACCCCUAACACCCUCUUUAAUCCUAUCUGAACCUUUCUCCAGUUCUAUAGAAGAAUUAUGAAGCUGAAACUCAUUCAAACAUAAAGAGGCAUCCUAAGCCUACUUGAAUCUCUUUAGAGGCUGAGGUGGGGACAGUUCCUAUAGACUGUAGUUAGUUGCAACCACAACAGAGAGCGGCAGUGGAUUAUUUUUCCAUGAUGAUAGACCUAACCCACAGGCUGCAUUAACAGAAGCACUGUUGGACACCCAACGAAACAACCCAUUUCAGAGAUUUCAUAGCCUAUAAAUAUGAAACAAGGUGGAAUAGCUGCAUAGCCUUAAAAUCAAUUCCCUAUAUGUAUAUAUCCUAGUGUAUUAAUCCUAUUUCUGAAAUAUCAAGGAGGAGGUAAUUACUUGAGACAGAUGGCCUUUCUGAGGCAAUUUGGUAAUUGUCUUUCUGAGUUCAUGAGAACAAGCUUCUCACAGAAUCACACAGAAACCCGGUCCAAGUCCGUGCAUGAGAAUUAUGCAGAGUUAACAUUUCUUUUUCCGAAUUUUGGUACGUUGGCGUCAGUUUUGGACAAGAGCUAAAUGGAUUCCAAUUUCCUUUCUAUAGCUGGCUGAAUGGGAGAAUCACUGUAGCUAUCCCCAUCAUUGUACUCUCCCAAGUGCUUAGUACAGUGCUAUGUGCACAGUAAGUGCUUGAUAAAUAUGAUUCAUAAAUGAAAAUAAAUAAAUAAUUGUUGAUAGAAUGUCAUCUACUUCCAGGCUACGCAUGAUUAGUAGAAGAACUGUGCCUAUUUUGAGUGAGACAUAGCUUUCCCCUCUCCAAGUGUAUUUAAGAGUACAGUACUUGAACAAAACAAUCACUGUCAAUCUUCCCUAGCAACACUGUCUGUCUGCCCCCAAUUCAUCCUUGGACAUAGCCACUCUGGGGGCUGCUUGACCCCCAAAUUUUAUGGGGUUGUGCCACACUCCCCACUUCUUAUCCCCAGACAGGAAACUCUACCCACAACAAUUGUAUCCCUUAAGCACUUUGAUUCUCUCCCCGCCCUCUGCUUCAAUUCACCCAUAAGCAUUUUCAUACUUUGACACCCUUGUCCAGUCCCAGGCACUUAUCCUUAUUUUCUGGUUCUUCUCUUAUCUGUUAUUUAUUUAAUGUCUGCCUCCCUGACUAGACUGUAAGCCUAAAUUCCAUUGAUAACUGCAAGAAAUAGUCAUUAACUUUUCUGUACCUCAUUUCCUCAUCUGUCAAAUGAGGAUUGUAUACCUGUUCUUCCUCCUAUUUAGACUGUGAACCCCAUGUGGGACAGGACCUGUGUCCCGCCUGACUAUCUUGUUUCUAUGCCAGAGCUUAGUACAGUGUUUGGUACAGAAUAAGAGCUUAACAAGUACCAUUAUUAUCAUUAUUAUCAUUAUUAUCAUUUCUAGUCACCAAUUUAUUUUCUCUUUUAUCUAAUAAUUAUAUAUAAGGUGGCUAAUAUUUUGCAAAGAAUUAAUUAUAAAUGUACAAUGUUUUGAAAGUGUUGUCUGGGGAACCCAACCACUCAUCCACAGAAAUCCACUUGAUAUGCCUGAACUAAAUGGUUUCUUAGGAACUCCAAAAUGUUAGUGUGACUCUGGGUCUCCUAAUUUACUACUAGGGCAAUCUAGUCACUGAUUUUUCUUCAAAGAUGCAUGUUUCAGUGCGUCAUUCAUUUACCUUCCCUAAUAUUUUUAAAGUCUGUUUUUUACUGAUACUUGAUGGACCAUAACGUCACUUCUGUUCCUGUGUAUGUUGGACAUAGAUUGUGGAUUUUUUUCAUGAAUGUUGCAGUUAAGAUUAUUUUUUUUAGAAGUACUGUUUGACAUUUAUUUUAACUAUUGCCUCCUCUGGUUUGCUGAAGCUGAUUAUUUGUUAAAAAAACAAAAAACAACUUACUGGAUGACUAGACUUUUCGUUGAAAACAUUUCCUGACAUUUAGUACAGAAAGCUGUAACUCUUUCCCACUAAGCUUGUAUAUUCACAGGGAAGACUGUUAGAAUUGCUGUGCUCACUAUUCAUCUGUCCCGUGGCCUACUCUGCCAUAAUCAGUCAAUCAAUCCAUCAGUGUGCUAAGCACUGAACUAAAAUACUUGAGAGAGUAAAAAAGACUUGAUACACAUGAUCCCUUUUAGUCAUGAAAACCCCACAUCCUUCAUCAUAAGUAUGUAUUGUCACAGAGGACAGACAGUGGCAAUGUUUUCAUGUUCUUUCUUUCUCAACAUAAAAAUUCACAUUCUAAGGGAAAAAAGUGGGAGAAAACCACAACUUUUCAAUAGCAGUACAGCUGAUUAAAGUAUCAGUAUUUUUAAAAUA